AUGCACAGGCCACCGCGUCGUCUUGCGCCAACACCGGGGCACCAGAUAGCCGAACAAUCAUCACGCCCAAUUCCACCAUGCAUGAUUCAAGUUCAGCCGGUCACGGCCCGCAUGACGGUCAGCAACGAUUCUACGCUGAUGGCUUCCGUGACCGGUGAGCAGGACCACAAACCUCUGGCCACAACUGGUACGCCUAUCGCCACCUGCAUCGCCCUUUAUGACUUCAAGGGUCAUCUGCCGGGUGAUCUCUCACUAAAAGUAGGCGAGAAAGUGAACAUUCUCAAGGAAAAGGACGGCUGGUACGAGGGCGUGUCUUUGAGUACCCACCAGAGCGGCAUGUUUCCGGCAAAUUACGUGGAGAAAUUGCCCUCCACGGGGUUUUACUUGCUCGCCGUUUUUUUUCUAUUAAUGCCGCUUUCGACUGAGAAACAGUUGGAUGAAGUUAGAGAAGGGAAAGUUGGAAUAAUUAGAUAUGUCUACUACCGGUCGCCUCCGCCAUCCGUAGAGCGUGAGCACUACAGCAUUCCCAUGAUCUAG